UCGCUAACCUCAAAAAAACAAAAAACAAUCAAAACUGUAAACAAUUUUGUGUAAUUUUUGGACGCGAAAAGUUCGUUAAUGUCUGCAAUUUUGAUCAUAAGUUUUGUGUUAAUUCCGUUUGUUUCGUGUAUUGGACGGCUAAUUUAAUAUCUAAUUUAGUUCGUUAGCAUUAGAAUAAUACCUGCGAGACUAAUCGACAAUCAAGAUGAGUAAAAACAAGCGCCGCUCUGGUGGAGCGGCGGAUCAAGCUCCAGCCCAACAACCGCCGGCCGAAGCCAUGGAAGUUGAUAUCGACGAUGACGCGAACCUUUCCGAAGAUGAGGAAGGAGGAACCCGUGUCGGAGGAAUCUAUAUUCCGCCGCCAGUUCCGCCGUACUGUUCAACAGAAUGCAAAGGGCCGCGGCUAAUCAUCACGCACAUAUCGAACUACAAUUUUAAAAGUUACGCCGGACAAGUGAUGCUGGGUCCGUUCCAUCAGCGUUUUUCGGCGAUUAUUGGUCCAAAUGGAAGCGGCAAGAGUAACGUGAUCGACUCGAUGCUCUUCGUGUUCGGUUACCGAGCGCAGAAGAUUCGCUCGAAAAAGUUGUCCGUUUUGUUGCACAGUUCCUCGAAGCAUCCAAACACGAACAGUUGCACAGUGGGCGUGCAUUUUAAGCAAAUUAUUGACAAGGAGGAUGGAUCGUUUGAGUCGGUCCCGAAUUCGGAAUUUGUCGUGGCCCGUACAGCGUUUCGGGAUAAUUCUUCGUAUUAUACGGUGGACAAUAAGAAAAUGCAUUUUAAGGAGGUGUCGAAGCUGCUGAAGCAGCAUGGAAUUGAUUUGGACCACAACCGAUUCCUAAUUCUGCAGGGUGAAGUGGAGUCGAUUUCGAUGAUGAAGCCGAAAGCUCAGACGGAGAACGAUUGUGGCCUUUUGGAGUACUUGGAGGAUAUCGUCGGAACGACGAGAUACAAACAACCGUUGGUAAAGAUUAAUGAAAGGGUGGAGAUGUUGAAUGAGGAACGAACGGAGAAGCAUAACCGCUGCAAGUUGGCCGAACGGGAAAUGAAGGACCUUGAAAAGCCAAUGCACGAAGCGGUGGAGUAUUUGAAGCUGGAAAAUUCUCUUACAAGGACGAAAAAUCAGCAAAUCCAAAAGUAUAUCAGCGAGCAGAAGAAAAAGAUUUCUGAGCUGGAGGUGGAACGUGAACAGGCGGGAGGAAUUCUCAAGAAGCACGAUGAAACGUAUGAGGCUUUGAAGAAAGAACGGAUCGAGAAGGAGCAACUCGUGAAAGAGGAAAUCAAACAGUAUGAUGGGUUGGUCAAAAAUAAAGACGACAAGGAAGCAGCCCUGAAGGCGUCUUUGGCCAAAUAUACGAAAGUUCAAGCCAACAUGAAAGCCACCAACGAUCGGCGAAAGAAAACUAAGGAUCAAAUUGAAUCGGAAAAGAAGAAACUGUUGGAACUGAAAACAAUCCCAGAAAAGAACGCCAAGGAAAUCACGGAAUCUGAAAAAAAGAUUGAAUCGCUGACCAAACAAAAAUCGGAUAUUGAAACCAAGCUAACGGCAAAUCUUGCUACGUUGAAAGACGAAACUAAAGUCCUUUUGGAAGAGAAAGAAAAAUUUCAAACGGAACUGAUAGAUCUGAAAAAAGCGGUGGAUGAUUCCAAAUCUGCCCUGUCUCUGGCCGAAUCGGAGCUGAAAAUCUGCCAGCACAAUGAAACAACUGAAAAACGGAAGCUCGAAACCCUCAAAUAUUCAUACGAAGACUCAAACAAAAGCUAUGAGGAGAAGCGAGCUCGCUUGCAGGAACUGGAGCAGAAUCUUCCACAACUACGAACGGAUUUGCAGUCCGCCAAAGUAAAACUACAGGAAAAUGUUACCGAAGAAAAGGAUCUUCGGUCCCAGUUACGUACGGUCCAGGGUAAGUUACAGGAAUCGAUGCAAGCCAUGCAGUCCACCCGAUCUCAGGGUAAAGUGCUCGACGCGCUGAUGAAGCAGAAGAACGAAGGACGCAUCCCCGGCAUUUUGGGACGGCUGGGUAACUUGGGCGGAAUUGAUUCCAAGUACGACGUAGCCAUUUCCACCUGCUGCGGUCAUUUGGAUUUUAUCGUGGUGGAAACGGUCAAUACGGCUCAGGCGUGCAUCGACUAUCUGAAAAAGACCGAUAUUGGACGGGGAUCGUUCAUCGCUUUGGAGAAAAUUCAACAAUACCAGCAGUAUUGUCAUCGGCAGAUUCAAACCCCGGAAAACGUGCCCCGUCUUUUCGAUCUGGUGCGCGUCGAGGAUGAACGAGUUCUGCCAGCGUUCUAUUUUGCUCUUCGCGACACCCUCGUUUCGGAGAAUCUCGACCAAGGUCAACGAAUUGCAUACGGUGCCAAACGGUACCGUGUAGUGACGCUGGGUGGGGAUGUCAUCGAAACAUCUGGAACGAUGUCCGGUGGUGGUCGCUCGAUGCAACGCGGUCGCAUGGGCACCAAAGUCCAAACCAAAACAUCCGCCUCGGACACUCCCAAGUCCAACAAGGAGCUGGAGCAUUUGCAAGUUCGAGCUCAGGAAAUUCAAUCGCAGAUUAACUACCUGCAGGAACAACAGGGAGAACUGGAACAGCAGAUCCAACGAAUGUCUUCCCAACUGAAGAACCAAGAAAACGAAGUCAAGCGUCUGAAGAUGGACGUGGCCAGUUUGGCCGAACAGUUACCACGCCUGAAGGAUCAGGUCGAACGGCAACAAGAAAGGGUAUCGCAAACGCAUUCUGACCCGGAAAGAGUCCGAGCGCUGGAGGCACAGGUAACGGAAUGCAAGAAGGUGCAUAAGACCAGCAGUGAUGCGGCGAAUGAGAUUCAAACUCAGGCGGACGAGAUAACCAAAAAAAUUAACGAAAUCACCAACAGCAAGGUGAAGGACCUCCAGACCAAAAUCAACAACUUGACCAAGCAGAUCGACAAGCUCACGGCAAACAUUUCCAAACUGACCGUCGAGGUCAAAACUUCCGAAAGAAACGUUAAGAAAACCGAAGACAAAAUCGCUAACAUGGAAGAGGAAGUGGUUGCUGCGGAGCAAGCCAUUCGCAGCGGAUGUGACGAGCGGGAUGCGCUGGAAAAGGAGGCCAGCGAUCUGAAGCAGGAAAUCGACGAACUGAAGGUGGAGAUCGAAAAGGCCCACGACGGAUCGUCGAGCAUCAAGAAGGAGAUCGUCGCCAUCCAGAAGAAGGAAGCCGAAGGCAAAAUGAAACGGUUGGAAUUCGAGCAGAUCCUGCAGUCGAUCGAGAAGAAGCUGAGCGAAGUGAAGGACACAAUCCCCCACUGGAAGAAUAAGCUAAAGCCACUGAAACUGCACGAAAUUCCCGGCGAACCUACCCCGGAGCCUUUGAAAGAGUACACCGAAGAGGAGCUCAACAGCUACAAGCUUUCCGAUCUGCAGUACCAGUUCUCCAUUCAGGAGGAAAAAUUGAACGCCAGCAAACCGAAUCUCUCCGUCAUUGAGGAGUUCAUGAAAAAGCAGGAAGCCUAUCUGCAGCGUGUGGCCAUCCUGGAGGAGAUCACCGCGAAGCGAAACGAGAUGCGUCAGCUGUAUGACGACGUGCGGAAAAAACGCUUCACCGAGUUUAUGCAGGGAUUCCACAUCAUCACGAAGAAGCUGAAGGAAAUGUACCAGAUGAUCACGUUGGGCGGUGACGCCGAGCUGGAGUUGGUCGACUCGAUGGAUCCUUUUAACGAGGGCAUCGUGUUUAGCGUUCGACCGCCGAAGAAGUCCUGGAAGAUGAUCUCCAACCUGUCUGGAGGCGAGAAAACUCUUUCGUCGUUGGCGCUUGUGUUUGCACUGCACUAUUAUAAGCCUUCUCCGCUGUACGUGAUGGACGAGAUCGAUGCGGCAUUGGACUUCAAAAACGUGUCCAUCGUGGCUCACUACAUCAAGGAGCGAACAAAAAAUGCCCAAUUCGUGAUUAUUUCCCUGCGCUCGAACAUGUUUGAACUGUCCGAUUAUCUGGUGGGAAUCUACAAAGUAACCGACUGCACCAACUCGGUGACGAUCCAGAACGAUCCACCCAAGUUCCAUUCGGCUACUCAGCAGCAGUCGCAAUCUUUCUUCGAUCCGAACUCCAGCCUAAAGUCGGACUCGGGGCUCGAUCAAACCAAGACGGAAAAGUUGGAAUCGGAAAAAUCCCCUACGCAAAGUGACUCACAGAAGGAGAACGUGCCGGAGCCGGCUCAAGCGGCCUCGAUUUCCCAGCAACCGAUGGAGGUUUCGGUCGAGGCAAACUAAAGAUAAGUUAUUGUAAUCUAUUGAGGUAUUUCUAUGUUUGUAUUCAUUUCAUUUUCAUUGAACAACAUUGACUAUUAUUACGUGUGUGCUAGUUAUAGGGUGAGAUAGUUUCACAUUUCUACAAAGAAUUAACGACAUUUUGUGUGACAAAGCACAUAUUGAAAA